AUGGAGAUUAGUCACAUUGAAGACGGAACACUGGAACCCAAAGGGAAGUGGUUUUCUGAAGAACGCCCUGAAGAUGGACCACAAUGCCCCGCCCACUACCCUCUGGUCUUUAGUAGGAGAACAUGGGUCAUCAGAUCUUCAGUGUCUCUGCAGUGGAAACUAAACAUCAUCAUGGGCAGCUAUCAGUCGUCAGAGGUUCAUAUUGCCUACUAUGAAGGAAAUAAACUGAAAAACAGCCGGAACAUCAUCCUUGACAAGUACAAUCCUGAAAUCACCAUCCGCUUACGGAGAUAUGCUGGCUUCAGUCCUCCAUCCGAUGAGAAGUUCUCGGUGCAGACCCUGGACACCAGUCUGCUGGACUACCUGUCCACCGUGCGCUCCCUGGAGGACGCCAACGCCGAGCUGGAGCUGAAGAUCAGGCAGUGGGUGGACAGCAGUGGAGACUCCGCCUCCAGAGACUACACCACCUGCUUCCAAACCAUCUCCGUCAUCAGGUCCAAGAUCCAGAUCGCCAUCCAGGUGUACGGAUCCAUGGGCGAUGCCCAGAUGGCUGAUGAACCCCUCAAGAACAAGAGUGAGAAGGAGCCGGCGGCGCUGCAGUUGCUGGAGGCUGACAUCGCCGAACUGAAGAUGAUCCUGGACCAGUUGAUGCAGACCAGAUCCGACAUGAAGACGCAGAUCCAGGGUCUGGAGGAGGAGCUGAAGAUCCUCAAGAAGAACAACCAGGAGGUGGACCUCACCAAGGCCAUGGCCCAGAACGCACAACUCCACGACACCAUCUACUCCAAAAACCAGAAGGACCUGGAGGCCUUCCAAGCCAAGACCCAGGUUCUGAAGGACAAGGUGGUGGUCGGCAUCCGGACCCUGCAGACAUCUGGGUCUGAAGUCACCCAGGUCCAGUCUACUCUGCAGUCUCUGGAGACCCAACUGCAGUCCACCUUGGACACGGAAGUGUUGGAGGGAACUCUGGCUGAAACCCUGAGCCAGUACGGGGGGCAGCUCAGCGGAUACCUGACCCAGGUGACCACUCUGGAGGAGCAGCUGGUCCAGCUCAGGUUGGACCUGGAUCUUCAGGACUACGAGUACAAGAAGCUGCUGGACACCAACAUCCAUCUGGAGUCGGAGGUCGCCGAGUACAAAAGGCUUCAGGGCUGAAACAGGUGACCACACCCACACUGG